CGUAACGAAACGUGGCGCUUCCUCGAUCCUCUCUAUCUGAAAGGACUUUUCGGUCGGAUUUAGGUGACGGUACCCGAACCGAACUCGCUCCCAAAUUCUCGAAAACAGGACAGGACGCUAAUAAAUUGGAAAAUUGGAUCAUUCACCAUAUUUUUAACCGAAUGAAGAAAAGCAAGGGUGAAAGUGAUCAUUUAUUUUUUGGAUGAAAGGGACAGAUUGAUUGAAAAGAAAAAGAAUUGAAAUUGAGGGAAUCAAAUAAAUAAAUAAAAAGAAAAAGAGAAUCAAAGAAAUUGGGAGGGAGAGGAUGGGGAGGCUGUUCAUAGAGACGCUGAGUGGGGCAAGGAUCUUCAAGUGCAAAUUUUGUAAGGUGGAUUCGGCGUCCUACAACGACAUCGUUUCAAAGGACUUUCAGGGUCGUUUUGGCCGUGCUUACCUCUUCCGCAACGCGGUAAAUUUAAGCUUAGGGCCGACAGAAGAGCGGAUGUUGGCGACCGGAUUGCACAAAGUGAAUGACAUUUACUGUAGCUCUUGCCAACAAAUUCUUGGUUGGAAAUAUGAGAAGGCAUAUGAUGAAAGUCAGAAGUAUAAAGAAGGAAUGUUCAUUCUUGAAAAAGAAAGGAUGUUAAAGGAGGGUUGGUGAUGCCCCCGGCAGGCAAUGCCAUGCCAUGGAACAAAAACAAGAAGAAGAAGAUAAGUUAGGUUUUGGCUUAGUUGAUAUAGUCUUGUAGAUGGUGAAGCGUUAUAGGUUAUCACAUAUAAUGCUUGCAGCUGUUACCACACAAAUUAAAAUCACAUUUUGAAUUUUUUUGUUGAUACUGUCAUUUUACUUAUAGAAUCUCUUAUUAUGGUAGUUUUCUUGCAUAGUGUUUGCUGACAUCAUUGAGUUCUUAAUUUGACUUGUUCGUUUUUCCUUUUUGCUUGGAAAAUGUUUUGGUAGCAUAGCUUUUGACAACUUGGAAAAAAAUGAGAUCUUUACACUUUACAGUUCUUCUCUGAAUUAAUCGUGCCUAUUAUGUGCAUAUAUACGAAUGUGCAAGUGCAGAAUAAGAACAUUGAUGUAAAUGAGGUCAGAUUUUUGGUCCAUUGCAUUGGUGGAAUUGUUCCCAUCACAAGAUGGAAAUCAGUAGCCAUGUUUAUGUGAACUGUUGCAGAGAUCUCCCAAGUCCCAACUGACAAGAGAACUUAUGGCCAAUUCCUAGAUAGAAAGGACCACUUGGUGAUAAAAUCCCUAUUCUUGGUGAUGCACCAAUGAAAGUGACUAUGAAGCUCUUGCAGAACCUAUUGGUUAAGAAAGUUUGGAUAAGAGCUUAAAAUGACCACACAUUCAGGGAAUUAAGAUGACUCAUCGGGUGCACUUGGUGAUAUAGGCGUGACAGAUUCAGCCCAAGUUGUGACUCCAGUGACUGCGUGUUAGUUUGAGUAGGAAAAACAAUCGGUGGAUAGUGGCUUGGAAUCAUGGUUUAUUUCUUGCUGCUCUUGUAUUGACUUCUACCAAUGCCUUCCCACAGAGCAACAACAUACAUUAUGCAACCCCAAAAUCAAAACGAAUUUAUUUUAAAAAUUUGUUAAUUUGGUUGGAUCAAAUUUCAAAGAAUUCAGAUGCUUCAAAGCGCAAGAAUUAAUAUAUCGUGCAACUCAAUUCUGUUGAAGAGAAAGAACUAAGAACUUUUUUACGAGAGAGCUUUAUGUCUCCAAACCUCCAUAUUUUUUUUAUACAAACUCUCUGUCUCACCUCUUAAACAUUGGACUUGAUUGAAGGGACAAAUGACAUUAUGAGGCCCAUGUAUCAAGGAGAAAAGGCCCGAUCUAAUUACAGACAAACAAAGAUCUUGCUUCCCAGCUCUUGAAGCCGACCACACCCAUUUCAAACUGGGAACUUAAACUUUGAGCUAUGCCUUG